AUGUUGCGCCGUCAAAACCGGGAGCGUCGCGACUAUCUCUAUCGGAGAGCUCUGCUUCUCCGCGAUGCCUCCAUCGCCGAAAAGCGAGCCCAGCUCAAGGCUUCCUUGGCUUCUGGAAAGCCUCUGGAUCCCUCAAUUGCCGAUGACAAAGCUCUUCGGGAAGACUUCAAAUAUGACGAAUCCAAAGACAACACGGAUGCCGACAUGGACAUCGACGAUGAAUAUGCGCUGACAUCCGGCAUCGUGGACCCUCGCCCACUUGUCACUACAUCCCGCUCCCCCUCCGCCCGUCUUGGUGCCUUUGCGAAAGAAAUCCGCCUGCUUUUCCCGACCUCCAUUCGUCUCAACCGCGGAAAUCUCGUUCUCCCGGAUUUGGUGUCAAGCGCCAACGCCGCCGCUCUGACGGAUAUGCUUCUCCUCCACGAACACCGUGGUACUCCCACCGCACUCACCGUUUCCCAUCUUCCUCAUGGCCCCACAGCAAGCUUCUCGCUACAUAAUGUGGUUCUGCGUGCGGAUAUCCCCAAUGCUGCUCGUGGCACUGUGUCAGAGAGCUACCCCCACUUGGUCUUCGAGGGAUUCAAGACCAAGUUGGGUGCCCGUGUCGUUCAGAUUUUGAAGCAUCUCUUCCCGCCCCGUGAGCCUGGGAAGAUGGGUAACCGUGUAGUGAGCUUUGUCAAUAAGGAAGACAGCAUCGAGAUGCGCCACCACGUCUUUGUGAAGACGGGUUACCGGGACGUUGAGCUGGCCGAGGUUGGGCCGCGGAUGACCAUGCGGCUUUUCGAGAUCCGCGGAGGCUCGCUGGAGAAGGGCUCCAGCGGUGACGUUGAAUGGGCUCUUACGCAGUACACAAGGACCAGCAGGAAGAAGGACUACCUCUGA